AUGGUCAGAAUAAGACACAUGAGAAGAGUCGAGGUGGCAUCUUGGUGCCGGCUUCCUGCUGAAAUACAGGCCAUGAUCCUGGGCGAAAUCGUGGCGGAAGCGGAUGCCACCUUGAAGGUAGAUCAAGCCUCAGUCUCAGCAAAACCGAACCAGGGCAUCGGUCGUCUGGCAAGUGUAUGCCGAGACUGGCAAGGUUUCUUUGAAAGGCACACCUUCAAGCGGUUACUGCUUAUAGAAUCAAACCUAUCGGGAUUCGAACAAGUCAUCCUAAGCAGGCCUGUUAGGUUAACUUAUAUUCAAAACCUGCUGCUUCGUAUCAAGUUGUCGGUGUACAAUUGCAAGGCCUGUGAGCAACCAGAAGACGCGUCCACAAUUAAACUAAACAAUGCAAUAUUCUCCUCUUGUAUCCAGCAUCUUCUGAAUACCCUCGCCUCCUGGAGUCCUGAACCUUGCAACUCCUCCAAGCCAGGCUUCCAUGGCCUGACCCUGGAAAUUUCCGUAUAUUCCCCCAGCGACAACAACCACCGGUUCAAUUUCUGCGCUCAAGAGAACGACUACCCAUUCCGGACCGAGGCGGACUUGGGCAAAACACCGAGUCUCCUAGAGUACCACCGACAAAGGGCGGCACUAGGCCCCACGGCCCAGCAAAAGGAGCACGAAUCGGGUACUUUAUUCCUAUACAGAGAUGCAAAGAGGUUAUAUGGGACACCUCUAAAGCUAGGAUCAACAGCGCCCGUCCUCCCGAGGGCUCCUAUUGUGAAGGGGCUUCUUCUCCGCCGGUCCACGUGCAGAAGCAUCGACGUGGGGGCUCUCGCUCAAAUACUACGGCAAAGCCUGGUAGCCCUGACAUGGUUCCGAUACGAGAGCCGACGCCCAGUCUGUUAUCUGGAACUAGGGGAUUUCGCAGAAGGUAUAUAG